AUGUUCUCCGGUGGGGCUACUAAAGCGGAUGUUAUUCGAAUAAAUAAAGAGACGAAAGAGAAGAACGCAAAAGCGAAACAAAAGAAAGGUGUAGGCUGUUAUGAGAUAGCUGGACAAGGUGUUGGUAAUGUUGAAGGGUUGACUUUUAAUGAAUCUGAUUUACAGCAGUUUGCAGAGAUUGUUGCUGAUAAAAUGAGCGGUGAGAUAAAUCGAUUAGAGGUGAAGUUAAACGAGUCUCUGGUAAAAAUGGAGGAGCUGAUAACUGCAAUUACCCUUCUUGAGCCUGACAUCACUUUGGAGUUGGUGAGUCAAUUAAACAAGAUGAAAGUAGAUGUGAUUGAGGGUGUGAUGGAUGUUUUGGAGAAGUCAGUGGGAAGAACGGCCAACAAUGCGAGAAAUGGAGAGAGAAGCGAUGCCAAAACUGUGUUGAAGAAACAUGGGGAGUCUGAAGUAUCUGCGGGGAAUCCUCAUCAGAACCAGGUAAAUGUGAUCUGUCCUGAAGAAGUUGGGAGUAUCAUUUCAGGUGUACUUGGAGAUCUCAAACAGGUCGCAGUUGAUAUAGGUGCUGGUGGUGUCGAAGAUGUUGCUGGCCUCAAUGGUAAUUCUUCUGAAGUUGGAGACAAUAAUGUUGUUGCACCUUUGAUAGUCAAUGGGAUGGCAUCCAGAGAUGUUGGUGCUAAGAGUAUUGAAAAUUGUCUACAACGCCUAACCGUAAAUGAGGAAGAUCGAGCAAUUGGGCAACCUGGCGGUAGAGAGACUGAUGUUGCGACUCAGAUAGUUGGGGAUUCAGUAGGUGAAGGCGAUGGCGGAAUUCUUUGUCGUAAAAGCAAGAGGCAAAAAAUUAUUCUAGCUAGUCUUGUUGGGGACUAUCAGUGUGAUAAGCGGAUGCUUCAUCGGGCUAGGGAAUCCCAUCUCUUUGGUUUUGGGGAUGGUCAAGCUGAGAUUUACGCCAACAAGUUUGUGAAAUUGAAUGAGAAGCUAAAGGAUGCUCAAAAUAUACGUCUGAUGGGAGCUAAUGUGGCAUCCAAGGACUUUAUUGACGUUGCUGAACGAACAAAAUCUUUGCAGCCUAAGUACUUCAGUGAGGAGAACAUUAAGAAUGUUGAUGUUGAUCGCUUUUACUUCACGUUUAACUUCGAUAAAACCCAUUGGGUUGGUAUUUGUGUUGACUGCCCCUCUUCUAGCAUCAUCAUUUUAGACUGUGAUAUCGGCCUCCGCAAUGAUAACGCAAUUUCAAAGGAGCUAGGCCCGAUAGCUCUGUUGUUCCCAUAUCUUCUUAAGCAGGUUGGCCGGUUUCAAACAACAAAAGAAUUGAAAGCGUUUUCUGUUGAGAGGUCUAAAAGUAUCCCGCAAAAUGGGAACCAUGUUGAUUUUGCUGUAACGGAUGUCCUUUUAAUGCAAGCUCAUGCAAUUGGUGGUUUAGAAGUUUGUUGA